GUUCUGCAGAAUGUAAUAAGGAAGCCCACUAGAACAAGAUUAGCCAUCUGGUUACCAUGGAGUCGCGACUCGAACUCGAUUCAAAUGAACAUCAGAAAGUGAUAGAGUUUUUGAACUGGGUGAACGUGAUGCAGGAACAAGUUGGGCACCCUCCUGUUGACAUGAAAUGCGCUGUCAAGUUCUUAUCUGCCCGGAAGUUUGAUGUCACCCGCGCCAUUACUUUAUUCAGGAACCAUGAGGCGCUGAGGGACCAGUACAAACUGAGAACAAUAAACCCUGUCACUGGGCCGCUAAAAGACGAACUCGACAGUGGGAAGUUCACGAUUAUUACGAACCAGCAAGGAGCAGAGGAGCCGCAAGCACUAGCUAUAUUCACCGCUCGUAAACACAACAUCCACACAGCCUCACACGAGGCCCUCAUGAAGUGCAUCAUCUUCCAGCUCGACUGUGCUCUUCACUUUGCGGGGGUACAGAGAAAGGGACUGACACUGAUAUAUGAUAUGACUGGGAGUAGCUUCGCUCAGUUCGAUUACACUCUUAGUCGCAAACUACUUCAACUACUACAGGAUGGAUACCCCGCGAGGCUCAAGAAAAUCUACAUUUUAAAGGCCCCCCUUUGGUUCAAGGGCCCGCUUAAAAUCGUUUCACCGUUCCUUAAAAGAAAAUUUCUUGAAAGGUUACGCCUAAUAGAAGACAUUUCCCAACACUUGUCCGAGUCCUACCUACCGAGCGUGUACGGGGGAAACAGAAAAUUCUCACACAGUGCCUGGGUGAUGCAGUGUAUCGAGUGUUAUAAGAGGAGUAUUGAGGACAACCCACCACCCCCUCCCCGACCACCCCCACUUACAGAGACGUCGACCGCGUGCGGUGAUGAGGCGUUGCCACUAAGUAGAACAAGCUCGUUGCCAGCUGUAGUUCUCAACAGCGAGAUCCAACCCUUCAAAAGGAACAGAAAACACUCCCCGCCUCCCCACGCUCGGGACCGAGUCAUGUCUACUCACGAGAUAGUUGAGGGCAUCAUAGAACCCGCAAUUCCUCACAAAAUAAUAAAGAAUGAAGUCCCGACACCUCGUAUGCCCCUGGAGGUCCACCUUCUGCCGCCCGACCAGAGUACACAAGCCGGGAACUUAGGGGAAAUGUCAUUACCAGACCUCCAGGAACACUUGACUAGGAGCACCCAGCAGGAACUGCAGGCGGAGUACAUGAGGCUCAGGCUCGAGCAGCACAUGGACCGCUUUACCGUCGCAAAGUUACCAGCAAACAUUAGGAAAAACAGAUAUUCAGAUAUUUUAGCGUACGAUCACACUAGAGUUAAACUACAACAGCUACCCAACGACCAGUAUUCGGAUUACAUUAAUGCAAACUACGUUGACGGUUACAACCAGGAAAGAGCUUUUAUCUUCACCCAAGGACCUUUGCCACACACAAUCGGGGAUUUCUGGCGAAUGGUUUGGGAGCAAGGGGUCUACUGUAUUGUAAUGACCACCAAGUGUCUGGAGAGAGGCAGGACGAAAUGUGGGAAGUAUUGGCCCGAAAAGAACACGCAAAUUCAGCACGGUUUCUUUGUCGUGUCCUGUACCGAGGAGCUUCAGACCCCAGAUUAUGUUAAACGUACUUUUACCAUCAGCUUCCCUCAGGUGGAUACAGAAGAGUCCAGAGAAAUUGUUCAGUUCCAGUAUCUGACCUGGCCUGACUUUGGGACCCCGCCCUCAGCGGAGGGAGUGCUGGAUCUCUUACACGAAGUUAGACAGUAUCAGGCAGAACGGCUCGCUAAAGCAGGGCCAUCAUUCGAAGGACCAAGUCACGGGCCCCCCAUCAUAGUACACUGCAGUGCGGGUGUAGGACGGUCAGGUACAUUUGCUGCAAUUGACAUCUGCAUGUCCAGUAUCUACUAUAAGAAGAGUGUCAAUGUUAUGCAAACUGUCCGUCAUAUGAGAUCACAACGAGCCCACAGUAUCCAGACUCCAGACCAGUAUAUCUUUAUCUACACGGCAAUAGUGGAACAGUGGGAAGCCAUGGCUAACGAGGACACGUCCUCUAUAUCAAGCUCUGACCUCUCCGACAACAUAGUAAACGGGAACAGUUACUCAGAACUUUAGUAGGGCUGUCUUUAGGAAAUAUUGAUGGUAACCAUCAUUAUCAUCUUCAUACUCACCAUUCGUUAGAAACGUUAACGUUGUCAAUUAGAUGUGCGCUGUUUUGCACAGACACAGUUUCAACAGAGAUAGUGCGAAAGAGAGAGAGAGAGAGGCGCGUGAUAGUCACGUGACAAACUCUGCGAAAGUAACUAUGGUAACUUGCUCUAGAACUACAUGUUACACUGACUGGUUCCCAUACACAAUGUGGACGUUAAAUAUGUGGACGUCGUUGUCAGGACGGUAUCACGAGAGCAACGCUGUAACGCCUCCCUACACCUAUGCUACAUAUAAUAGCUCCUCAACUGCAGAUGUAUUUCCGUGAGGGACACGGAUAGAGAGAGAAACCUGGGUUUGUGCUGAAUACAUGUUUAUGAUAAUAUCAGCUAUUUUAACUGUUAUAAAAGAUGCAUCCUUGUGAGUGUGGCGCGUGUAGGUUUAGCCGUGUUCAUCAAGUUUUUAAAUUUCAAGAUUUGAAACAGCAGUAUUUUAAAUGUGUGCUAACGCUUAAAAACGGUUUUGUAAUUAAUUCUUAAGUCAUUUAUUAAUUCUUAAGUCAUCUGUGCGUUUGUGUUAUGUUUUUUGUUCGUAUGUACGUUUCACGGUUAUCAGUAUCACCAUUCGUCACGGAGAGAUAUAACAACUCACACACAUUCAAUAUUCAUAUAAUCCACUCGACAACUUAAAUUUGAUUUGAAUAAGAUGAAUAACUGUGACAUGCUUGUUAUUGAUUUCUGAAUAUGAAUUUGAAAUUUGAUACACUCUAUAACGGGAACUUAAUAAACUUAUAAACUAAAAUAGUUGCUGUAAAACGAAAUCACAUAUUUAUAUUGAGUGUUGCUUUUUGUAAGUAUUUUCUUAUAUAUAA